AUGGUGUUGCUCAGCCCAUCAGUCGAGGCUCUGCGGGGACUGCUGAGGGUGUGCGAGACAUUCGCGGAGACUCAUGGACUCUCCUACAACACCAAGAAAAGUGAAGUCAUGGUGUUUAAUGUUGGUCGUAAAACCACUGAUUGUCCACAGCAUAUAGCCACCCUUCGUGGGAUCCCGUUGAAGCGCGUCACCCAGUUUAAAUACCUGGGUCAUAUUGUCACUGAAGAUCUAAGUGACAAUUUAGACAUGGAAAGGGAGCGUAGGGCGCUGGCGGUCCGAUGUGGCGUGGUGGCCCUCAGGUUUGCUAAGUGUAACGCCGAGGUCAAGGUAACUCUGUUCCGUGCAUUUUGUCAGACCUUUUAUACGUGCAGCCUGUGGGUUAACUAUACUGCGCGAGCCGCGGGUGCCCUGAGAGUCCAGUACAAUAAUGCUUUCAGGGCGCUGAUGGGACUGCCUCGAUUCUGCAGCGCGUCGGGGAUGUUUGCGAAUGCUAAUGUAGAUGACUAUUACGCAAUCAUUCGUAAACGGACGGCUUCCCUGAUGCGUAGAGUCCGGUGUAGUCCCAACGGCGUCAUGAACAUUAUUGCAAAUAAACUUGAGAGUCCAAUUUGGGUACAUUGGUAUGAACUGCAUGUGUCCAACAAUGUUGGAUUGGAGAAGUAG